AUGCGAGGACUUUAUGAGAAGCUUGACGAACUGCUUCCGGAUGGCCGCCUGUCAGACACGCUUGUCAUCUAUGUCUAUUCAGACAGCGACACGGAAUAUGCUCGCAACCUGCAGUUCUUUGUCCGCAAUGGCAUGUGGGAAGGCGAUGGAUGUGACUACAUCAUUGUGGUCCAGCAGGACACAGCAUUGUUCAGCUCAGCGACCCUGCCACAACUCCCCCGCAGUGCGCGCUACGUGUUCCAUGAGAACAAGUGCUAUGACUGGGGAACUUUUGGCUGGGUCUUUGACGAGGGCAAAGUCAAUGCGUCGCUCUACAACAGCAUCAUCUUCAUGAAUUCCUCAGUGCGGGGACCGUUCCUCCCGCCCUACUUCCCUCUUGGACUGCACUGGAGCAAGCUGCUAACCCUACGGCUCAGCAGCACAGUCAAGCUUGUAGGCAGCACCAUCAGCUGUGAGCCAGCCUGGGAGGGAGGCAACACUGCAAAUGAGAAGCGGCAGAACGCACAUGUCCAGUCUUAUGUCAUGGCCACAGACCAGGUUGGGCUGAAGGCCUUGCAAGAUGAUGGGCGCGUCUUUGCCUGCUACGGCAACAUGGCUGACACCAUAUACCAUGCCGAAGUGGGGGCGUCACGCGUCAUCUUGGAUCAGGGAUACACCAUCGACUCGCUCAUGUCCAAGUACCAGCAUGUGGACUGGACAAACACCAGCAACUGGAACUGUAACGCCGGGCUGAAUCCAUAUGCGGAGUUUGCAUACGACGGCCUGGUGCUCAAUCCCUUGGAGGUCCUCUUUGUGAAGGUCAAGGGAUUCCAGAUGCAAGGCGGAUGGCUGUCAGCGCAGAUGGCCAGCACCUAUGACCGAUGGCUGUCCAGCAAUGUUGCUGAGGGAGCUGCCAAUGCAAAUGUUUAUGACAAGAAGCGCAUGAGCUUCCGGCUUGGCAGAGCAAUCACCAUGCUGCUGCGGGGCAACUCCUGCUUUGACUUCAACCUGUACCGUGCCAGGAGCCGCGACCUGCCUGGAACAAUGACGGAUGAGCAGAUUUGGGACCAUUUUGUCCAUGAUGGGCAAUUUGAAGGCCGACCCUUCAGGUGCUGUGUCGCACAAGACCGUCCUUAUAUGAUCCUGUGUGGCAGUAUUCACUAG